AUGUCCCAAAUCUGUCAAAUGACUGACAACCUUGUUGAAGAUAAUCCUACUUUAAAGGAUCGAUAUUUAAACGAAGCCGAAUGGCAUGAAAUUGAGAUUACUAUAGUUAUGUUACUUGAGCCUAUGGCGAAAGUGACACCAAUUUUAUCAUCAUU